AUGGCAAGUCAUAAAAAGGAAGAAGUAAAACCAGUUUUGGGUUAUGAAAGAUCAGAAAGUUUCUACCAAACAGAUGGUCAUAAUAAUUAUCAGCAAUUUCAUCCAAAUGCAGCACAACCCCUUAAUUUGUAUGAUUAUAAUGAACAACCUAAUCAUAAUUAUCCAGCUAGACCUCUACCUUAUGUAUCCCCUGAAGUUAGGCAAGGAUUCUCUUUCGCCCGUGUAAUGCUCUGUCUAAUGGUAUUUUUAAUCUUGUUUGCAUCUCUUAUGAGCAUGGUCGCAUGGUCAGUAUUUUCAUCAUAUUGGCCAACAAUUAAGGUAGAAUCAUUCGUUGUUCGUUCCUUUGAGAUUUCCAACGGAUCGUUGCUGAAAGCAAAUUGGGAAACCAAAGUAUCUGUGAAAAAUACAAAUCAUCGUUCAUCAAUCGUGGUAGAGCAGGCAGAGAGUAGCUUGGUAUACAAGUACGUUGUUCUUGACACGACUUCGUUGGUUGAUCAUUUGGAAAUAGCAAAAGAGAGUACCCUCAUGUUGCUUGACGCUUUUGCAUUUCCCAAUUCUAAACGGAGCUUCACCGGGGAUUCGGUGCACAAUGAAAUGGCUAAAGAUCAAGGAAGAGGGCACAUUCUCUUUGAUUUGAAAAUUGAUGUUCAAGUCAUAUUUAAGUCCGGGGUUUUGGAGAAGAGAAACAAGAUCCGUGUGUAUUGUGAAAAAAUUAAAUUGAAUUUCCAAAAUGGUUCCCCGAUUCCAACGUGGGAUGGUUCUAAAAGUGAAUGUAUAAAUGGUUGA